UUUUUUUUUUAACAACGAUCUUCCUUCUCAAUGCUCGCCCGAAAUGGCCGGCGAGAUGAACUUUGAAAAACAAAACUCGAGAGAGAGAGAUUGCAUAGCGCGAGUGUGUACAAGUGCGAGAGCAAGGCCUCGUGUUCCGCAACUUUUCCAUCUUGUUAAACUUGUCGCGAUCGAUGUGUAAACUCGCGCCGGCACGUCCCUCGCUCAGGAAUCAUAUAUGCAGGGGCGAAUCCAAUUCCGACUUUCCUUAAACUCAUGGUGCUAGUCUGUGUGCUCUAAUCCGAGCGCCGAGAAUAAAUAUAAUUGCCUUUUCGUACAUAGCUGUAAAUAUGACGUUUAAUCCUUCGCGGACUAUUACAAAGGUGCGCGUGUGUGUGUGGGAGCGUGACGUAUAGUCUCUCGGCAGUGGAUCACAUACUUACCUAACAUCGGCUAUAUAUUUCCCGGGAUUAGGAAUUAGGCCGGACUUUCCCGCCGUCUUUCUUCGAGCGGACAAAAGCCGCAGUCGCGGUUUACCGGACACCGCGAGAAUCGCACUUAACAUUAAUUCCAAUCCGUCGCUCGCUGAAUAUAUUCAAUGACUUUGUGUGUCAUCGAGAGAAAGACACAUAACUAGCUUUUUUCCUUUGUACACGAUGAAAAAGGGCAGUUCGUUAACUCCUCCCUCACGUGUGUGUGUGUAUAGAAACGCUCUAUACCGCAGUAGGGGGUGGGUCGAUCGAUAAGUAAUUAUUGUUGAAAUUUAACGGCUUAUCAUUUUUAUUUAUGACUCCUCGAUUCCACCGCUCGCUCGCGGCCCGGCUUCCAAUAUCCCCCCCCCCUCUUCUAUACUAUAUAGCCUCUAUACUCUCGUUUCGUUUUUCAAGACACUAUGCUACACACGCACACACACGAGCAAUCCCAAUUUAUCACGUUUAAUCGCGGCCAAAGACACAAUUAACUUUUUAGCGCGCGCUUGUUAAAAUAUGCUACUGCCCAACACCGAGAUAGAGUGCCUAUAUACACCUGUCUUUAAUUACAUUCCGUCGUCGCCUCGGCGCGUUAUCGCGAUGACAAAGGCUCGAUUGAACGGGAGAAGAAGUAAAAAAAGCGAGAUGGGACUCGAGAGUAAUAACAGUGGGGUAUAGGCCGCUAAUUGGGAAAAAGGCUUUUUUGCAGCGCCGAGACCGAUAUAAUGGCCGCGUGUCCGAGUAGUCGUAAAACUAAAACUAUGAUAUAGACGUAUAGCUGCUGCUGCUGCUGCAAAGACUCGUGUAAUUAUCGACGCUUUUAAACGGCCGACGUUCGUUAAGCUCGCGCGAAGGCGAGAGAUGGGAAUCUGUCUGUGUGUGUGUGUGAGAGAGAAAGAGGAUGUACUUAAAAUAACCGAAAACAGUCAUUCAAUUUUCAACUGACUUAUAGCAUGAGCGGCUCAAUAGAGCAGGCCCGACGAUACUGCUUAGGCAGAGGUAGAGAGAGAGAGAGAGAGAAACCGCGAAUAUGACGAUACAUGAAAUCGGUCAAAAGUGAAGUGACUACGGGAGAUCGCGCCACUUUAAGUGCACGUACAUUGACGGCUCGCAAGACAGGCCCUCAAGGGCCUCAAGCUCGGGCAAUACGUCCUUGUACUUAUAUCUUCUGUGAGACGAUCGCAACGUGGGAAAGGAUGAAACGCCUCUGCGCCACCUAUCGUCGCGAGCCAGAGACUAGAGAGCGGAAGAGUUUCGAAACUUUUUCAACUCGAUUAAUCACCAGCAUUUAUUACCAAACAAUUUUAGAAAAAAACACGACCUAUGCCAACAAUAAAAAUGUUGCACAUCAUAAUUGAUAACCUCGCGCAACAAGCUUAGAAAAUUAAUCGAUCAAUCGAAACUAUCUCGGCGGCCCGGCUCGAGGCGCGGCGGCGAGCAUCAAAGCGCGCGAAGCGAUUAGCACCGAGGAUCCGGUAAUUCCCUCGCUAAUAAAUCCGUUAAGGAUAUUAAUAAGCGUUAACCGAACAGCAGCGGCAGCGGCGUUAGACUCGCGGUGACGGUGACGCUGCAGACUUGUGCUUGAAUUCGAGAGAAUGCGAUUAGCCAGGGCUUUUGACGCAGCUUCGAUGCUGCUGCUUACGUUCUUGCUCGUUACUUCAAGCGUCAAUGACGCUGCUAAGCGAGAGCGGAGGUAUUUGGUCUUUCCGCCGCCCGAUGGAACUGCCACCAAAGUUCAGUUGGUCUUCGGGCUGGGCAUACCCAUGGAGGUGGAGGUGAGCACGAUCGUGGGCUACGUGAUGAAGUGCAACUACAACCUGCCCUACAACGCGUCUUAUCUCUCCGAGCCGUACGUCCGCUACCAGAGAUCGACUGCAGCCGCCGACGCUAUCGACGACGACGAGGCGCAUAGCGAAACAGGUCGAGCGUUGGGCCGAUAUGAAAUUUACAAAAUGCUCCAGUCGGCCAAGCCCUGCCUGCUGAGGGCCAUUUGCGAACUGGCGGCGACGCCCUUAAACGCCAGCCGAGGCUUAACCGCUGAGCUGAUGCACAUUUUUCUGACACCAUCGACGACGACGGAGGCGUACGCGGAUCCGGCGGACCAAGAGUACCUCGCCGCCGAGAGAAUCGGACGUCUCGGCGACUCCUGCACCCGAGCCUUUCCCGAGUGCCCCGUCAACUUGCUCGACUACGUCAGCCGGUUGGAAUGAGCAGAGCUUGCCGAGCCGAAAAAAAAAAAAAAA